CGUGUAUUCAUAUUUUAAUCAGGUUAUCUUGUCACUCUUUUACCUAUACGAAAACCGAGUUUGUCUUUUGUGUUGCCACACUACUGUCUGCUCCAGUCAAUUGGUUCUUGUGAGUAUUUGAAACCACAGUACGCCAUGGCUGCCCUGGUUGGGUAUGCGAGCAGUGACGAAGAUGAAGAAGUCCAAGACGAACAGCCCAACUUCUCUAUAACUGCACCUGAGGACAAGCCUACUCCAAGUACGGAAAGCAAAAAUGCCCAAGAGUCAAACUCCAACACAAAAACAUUCCAAGCGGACGACACCUCCGCUCCGGCCCCCGGGCCCCAACUUCCACCACCAGAGGCCCUAGAAGAUGCCCCCGUACUGGGACCCAGCCUCCCCACAAACGGGCAAGACCUGUCCGCGAUGGACGUCGACGCCACGCCAGAACCGUCCGUCCCACCAUCUCAGCCCGCAUCUCCGUACUCGGCCAACCGCGCGCUGCUCCGGGACCUGACGCUCCCGCCGGUGCCGAACCUGGACGUGCCGCCCUCCCCGCCCGGCUCCCCGCCCCGGAGCUUGCCGGCGCUUACGGCCAAGUUCGAGACGUUCCUCGACCUGAAACGCAAAAAGGGCACGCACUUCAACGCCCGUCUGGCGCAGUCGGCCGCCAUGCGCAACCCGGCCCUGAUGGACAAGCUGAUGGGCUUCGUCGGGCUGGAGGAUCCCAUGACGGCCGCGGAGGCUGCCAAGGCUGGUGGGGCGUCGGCCACGGCGACGGCUGGCGGCAAUUCCAUGGCGGAUCAGUACAUCACCAUCCUCUCGCCAGACCUCUGGGAUCCGACGGCGUUCCCGCAGUGGGCUUUCCGUGGCGGGUUGAGGGAGGCGCAGGAGAAGGUGCAGAAACAGAAGGAGGCCGAGAGGACAAGCGGCCGGAGGGAAGCUGUCGAGUUUGUACCUGCUUCUGCACAGUGA